UAUUCCUUUGUGGCCUUCAUAUUCGUUUCGUUGGGACGUUUUUCAUUUUUGUUUCCAAUGCUCGCAACUGACAACUAAACCAAACGAAGUAGAGACAGCAAUCACCACAAUCAAUAAUUAUCCAAUAAGACCAAUAAGAUUAAUAUUAAGGAGGGAUAAAACCAAUAAAACAAGAAUUGGAUUGGACACAUUUGUUGGACAGGAUUAUUUAAAAAACAACUAAGUAAAGUAAUUCUUCUAUUCUUUCUAUAUACAUACACCACACAACGGCGUUGUCAUAAAUCUCUCUGCAGCCCAGUUCUUUGCUCUGAGAAAUAAGAAAAGACCUAAAUAGCAAAUUACUGUCGUGUUGUGGUGGAAAAGUUCAAUAAAACAAUAACAAGUUUAUGAUAAAUAAUAAACCAACAAAAAAAGAAUCAAAGAAAAUAAUGAAAUUGCAUAGUAUUUUCCACAAAGUGUAAAGUGUCUAGUUAAAAAAGGAACAAAAUCGAAUUCGAUUGUUCGUGCUCAUUGUUGUGUGUUGAAGUGUAGGCAGGCUGAAGUUAGCCCCCCACCCGUUUACAAAAAAAGGUGCAAAGAACUUGCGAACUUAACUUUUUGCCCUGGCCACAUUCACAUUUUGUGGAGAGCAAUUGUGAUGAGAGCCGAAGCAAGAGAGCGGAGACGGUGCCAACAAGCAUAGGGAAAAAUUAAACACAAAAUACAAACGGACAGACGAGACAACACAACUAAAAGGCAAGGCACCAACCUGCACGUUGGAAACAGCUAACAGCUAAGGAGACAACAACGACGGCGUAGUAGUUGGAGAGUGGUGGACCUAAUUAUAAUUUUUGCAUUUUGUCUGGCGUGUGCCCGCAGAGAGCGAGAGCAACGGAUUCAUUCGACAACGACAACAUACCCCCAGCAGCAGUAGCAGCAAACACACAUAAUGUUGCAAGAAAACUCAAAACAAAUCAUGUUUAAUGACUGGGCGUCGAUAUGUUAAUGCGACUGGGGACACCAAGAACACCUGCAGCAGACAUCAGUCGACACAGAAAACUCAGAGGAAGACGAGGCAAGACAAACAGGCGACAAACGCCACACAACAAUAGCAUUUAGUCGAAGCGAUUAGGGGCGUCUAAACUCUUCAGAAAGCACUAAGCACUUGCAAACAUAAUAAAGAAAGGAUAUAACAACAACGACAACAAUUGAUCUAAACCAUCCAAACAGCCAUCCAUCCAUCCUCUAUUUUUACAACAAAGGACAUUCGAAACAAUUUCCUUAUUACAAAAAUAGUUGUGUGUGCUCUAUUGCCAAUGUUGUUCUUGCCGCUGUUGUAAAGUAAUGACAGAAUUGAACACCAAACGGCAAAAAGGAGGAGGGUGGGCGUAAAAAGAAAACCAUAAAUUUUUUGCUCGAAUGAAUCAUCAUCAAGGGAUUUUGUGGCAAUAUUAUAAGCAGUUUCAGUAGAUAAGUCAUCUUUCGUUUUGACAAGGAGUGCUUCCCCCCUAAGGCAAUAGUGACAAAAUUAUAAAAAAACACAAAGUGGAGCAUCUCCAAGCUAUGAAAUUCGAGAGCAAGAUAACAUAAAGUGCUUUAAAAUAAUCCACAGACAAAGUCUUAAAGAAAAUAAAAAGAAAGCAAUAAUAAAGCCGUUUCUUCACAUUAGAGGCGCUGGAAGCCUAUGACGAUACAAAUCCUAUGGAUCUAACACAUCGAUAAAUAAAAUUAAAAAAAACUUUUGGAAUGCGCAAAAAAUCAACUAUAUGCAAGGAAAGGAAUUUUAGCAACAAACGGAACUAAAACGACGACAAAUGAAAUUCCUUCCAACAACAGAUCGAUAUCCACUGCAGUAAACUUGAUAUUGAAAUAUAUGGAAACAUCACAUCCUGCAUUCAAAGUAUUGACAUCAUUUCAUUAAAAGUGAAAACUCAUUUUCAAAUUCAAAGACCUUAACGUUUUCCCCCCUCGAAACAAAGGAGAAAUAAACGCACAGGCAGUGUGAUAAUUUUUGCAAAUUUAGUAUAAUUUUGCAUUAAAGUUUUUAGUAUAAAUUAACAAUUAACGAAAACAAAACUCUAUACAUAGCGCACAUAGUAGGCAUGAUAAUAAGCAGUAAUCUCAACAAAUUUAAAAUGAAAUUUCUUCUAUAAAAUAAUUUAAACUUACCCACUUGUGGAAGAAUUGAAAGAAUAGUUUAAAAACAAGAAAGCAUUUAAACUAAACUCACUUUUUAGAUAUACAAAAUAAGCUAAUUUCCUCAUCAAUUAUAAUUUGGAUCUCAUUGAGUUGUAACAAAAACCAAACUACCAAAUAAAUAGCUUAACACCACCACACAUCAGCACACACACACACACCUCGCCAUUCAUACAAUAAGAAAUUUAGGAAAAGAAAACCAAACAAACUUGCCUAUUUUAGAAUUAGUUAACGAUUAAAAAAGAAAGAAGAACAUUUUGCUUCGUUGUAACGGCUUCCCUCAACGUUGUUUUUUUUUUUUGCUUUGGAGAUUAUUGCAAUAAUUUGUUUAGUCAGAGAACAACUAUUUUUAAAAUACUAACAACAGCAGCAGUAUUAUUAUAGCAGUCCCCUGUUUGCCGCCCUGCCCCCCUUCCCAACUUCUUAGAAUACGAAUACAAAGUUGUUAUAGGAACACCCCAUAAACACGCAAAUCCUUUUGAGUACAAUUCACGCACAUAAGUUAACCUCUUCCCUCCCCCAUCAUUUAUUUUUAAACACUGUUCGUGACCUUAUAGUAGUAGCCUAAAAGUUCAGACCACCCCACCACCAUCAACUCUUGCUCCUUAUACUCAUCAUAUGUAGUAAUCAUUCACUGCCAUAUUUCUGCAUUAAAUCAAAAAAGAGCAAAGAAAAACAGCCCACUUAGAUCUCAAACGAAAAGCAGCAGCAAAAAAAAAGAAGAACACACACGAAAAACAGGACUGAUUUGCACGCAACUAUGGUGGGCUCUCAGACUCAACAGUUAACUCAACAGCAACAACAACACCACCAGCAGCACCAGCAACAGGCCACAAGUCAUCAACUUCUGGCUGGCGGCGUCAGCAGUAACAAUACUCAGCCAUCGUCUUUGCAUCGUUUGUCAACGUCUAUGCGCAGAAAUAGCCUUUUGGCCGAUUGUAAUUUAGGCAAUAUCACAACCAGCAGCAGCACCACAAAUUCCUGUCCUCCAACGUCGGUGGCGAAUGCCUCAUCAGCAGCUAACAAUUCCAAUCAAAAUAACAUUGUUCUAGCCACAUUAUCGCCCAUCGAUUAUGCUACAGCUUUUAAUAAUAGCUCAAUAAAUAGCAGCAGCUCGUGUGUUGCUGCCGCAGCCGCCCAGGCCGAAGAACUGUUACCACUCUCGGCCAAUAGUAUUUAUAAGGAUGUAUCAACAUGUACUGCCUCCGCCGCUGGCGCCGUUGUCGUAGAUAAUCCCCAAAAUCUUUAUACAUCAAUGCGUAGCAAAAGUUGUAGCAAUAAGUUAAUGGGCAUAGGAUCGAAUGGAACACCAGCAGCAGCAGCAUAUCAUCUAACAACGGCCGCAUCGUCCACCUCAUUGGUAUACGACGCCAACACGAAUGCAGCCUUAAACAAUAGUCAGGUGAAUUAUUAUUGUAACAACGAUUUGAGAAGUAAAACUCAGUCUCAGGUGCAACAACAUCAGCAAUAUCAUCAGCUGGCAUCGUCGCAACUAAGUGAUGUGGGAGGAGGAUUAGGACAUCAGCAGCAUAGCUCCAGAUCGAAACCGUACCUCUCACUGAGUAGUGGCAAGGACAGCUGUACCGCAUCGCCACAACGCUUACACAAAUCCCUGUCGACCAAUGGCGGCAGUGCGGGAUCAUCGACAACGGUACAACAACUAAUCGAUUCCAUACCCAUGAAUUCAUUGGCAAUUAGAUCAACACCUGCCUCGUCGGCCACAAAUCGUUACAAACAUUCGAAUAGUCUAACCGAAACAACAAGUUGUAUUGUGGGAGAGCCACCCAGCAGUCAGCACAAGGCGGCUGUUUCCAAAAGUGUGCAAUAUUUAAGCAAUAAUCCAGAUGCCGAUACAACAUCAGCAACAGCCACAAUAAUUGCAUUAGCCAGCAAUAAUGGUAACACCACAACAACGGCCUUAGUACAACAACAACUAUCACCCAACACUAACACCAUCGGCGGCGGCGGCGUCGGUAGCAGCAGCAGCAACACCACCACAACCACGACCACCACACCAAGUAACAAUCAAAACGAAAGCUGUUUUACAUUUCACGAACAGAUAAUAAUGUCGGGACAACAGAAGGCCACCAUGACCGAAAAACCCAAACCCUUAGUGGUCUCACCGCAACAGGUAAUGAUACUCUAUAUGCAUAAGCUGACACCCUACGAACGCACCGAAAUCUUAAGCUAUAAUCAAAUCUAUUUCAUUGGGGCGAAUGCCAAAAAGCGACCCGGCAUUGUGGGGCCCAACAACUCGGACUAUGAUAACGAACAAGGUGCCUACAUACAUGUGCCGCACGAUCAUGUUGCCUAUCGUUAUGAAAUGUUGAAAAUCAUUGGCAAAGGAAGUUUCGGCCAGGUCAUUAAGGCCUAUGACCACAAGACCCACGAACAUGUGGCCCUAAAAAUUGUGCGCAACGAGGUGAGAUUUUAUCGCCAGGCCCAAGAGGAGAUACGCAUACUGCACCAUCUGCGUCGCCAGGAUAAAUACAAUACCAUGAACAUUAUCCAUAUGUAUGACUAUUUUACGUUUCGCAAUCACAUGUGCAUCACAUUCGAGCUGCUCAACAUCAAUCUCUAUGAGCUGAUCAAAAAGAAUGGCUUCAAGGGUUUUUCGCUGCAGUUGAUACGGAAAUUCGCCCACUCGCUGCUGCAGUGUCUGGAUGCACUGUAUAAAAAUGAAAUAAUCCAUUGCGAUAUGAAACCGGAAAAUGUUCUACUCAAGCAACAGGGUCGUUCCGGCAUAAAGGUCAUCGAUUUCGGGUCCUCUUGCUUCCAACGCGAACGGGUCUAUAGCUACAUUCAGUCGAGGUUUUAUCGUGCCCCUGAAGUGAUAUUGGGCACCCAGUAUGGUCGUGCCAUUGAUAUGUGGUCUUUGGGUUGUAUUUUGGCAGAACUCUUAACCGGCCAUGCCCUGUUUCCGGGAGAAAAUGAAUCCGAUCAAUUGGCAUGCAUUAUUGAGGUUUUGGGUAUGCCACCCAAAGACCUGUUGCGCAACUCACGACGCAGCAAAGUCUUUUUCAAUCCUGAAGGUUAUCCACGAUAUUGUACGGUCCGUAAUCUGGCCGAUGGCAUGGUUGUGCUCAAGGGUGGCCAAUCACGCCACGGCAAGAUACGGGGGCCACCGGGAUCAAAAAGUCUUUCACGGGCCUUGGACGGUUGUAAGGAUGCAUUGUUUUUGAAUUUCAUACGAGGUUGCCUGGAAUGGGAUCCCGAGAAACGUCUAAUACCGGCUGAGGCCCUGAAACAUCCGUGGCUAAGGAGACGUCUGCCCAAGCCACCCAGCAGUCAGAGUGGUGUGAUCAGCAGUAGUAGUGGUGCUAAUAGUGUGUGUGAUGAAAAGUCACCCGUGUCCUCGAAUCCAAGCGCCUCAGCAUCGGCAUCAAUUAUUAUCGAUAACAUUGGCCAUCAGAAUGGUGAGGAGGGCAAUGCAUCGGCGACCGGUGUAGGUGGUGUUUCGGCUAAUGGUGGCCUUGCUGUAGGAGCAGGUGGUGGUGGUGGUGUCGGCGGCUGCAGCGGCGGCGUCGUUGGAAACAAUGGUGUUAGUGGUGAUGGUGGGAAAAUCUCUACCACAUCCCAUGACAAACAGUCAUCUUUCCACAAUACUCCCUCCUCCUCUUCCUGCACAGAAAAUGUCUGGCAGCUCCAGCAGCAGCAACAACAACAGUCUUCAAGCAAUUUAGAAUAUAUGGGAAUUGAUAAGAGUAACUACUUGUGAGCAAGAAUAUCCUUAAUGGAUCAAAGGAAUGGUAAUUGAAAAUGAAGAGAAGAUUAAGUGUCCGCAUGUGUGUAUGUCUGUCUGUCUGUAUGUCAGUCAGCCUGACUGUCUGUGUUGUAUGUAACAAACAUAUAUUGUGUGCGUGUUACAAAUUUUGUAUUUUUUAACAAAAAGAAAACCAAAAAAACAAGUCAAGUAAAUAAAUGUUGUUGUUGUGUAGUAGAAUCAAAGAUGGUCUGUAAAAAUAAUGUUGAAAAUGUUUUAUACCAGUCAAAAAAAUGAAAUUUUCAACAACAAUUUGAAGAUAUUAAAUUAUGUUUCAAAGUGUUAUAUUUGAUAAUUAUUUUUAUUUACCCAAGUGGUGAAAAAUUAAAAUGUAAAAUCGACAAAACGUGGACUGAUAUUAAAAACUGUUUGUGUUGCAUUCAAAUCUAAACCUCCAAAUACUUAAUAGUGAGCUUAUACCUAUGUGUGGUUUUAUGUGAGCACCUACCUUGCGAUCUAUCCCCCAUGCAGUCUUAGCACCAGGUGAAUACAAUGCGUCUACCAAGGUCCCUACAAAAGUGAGUACCAUUCGCUCGCACGUUUUUUGAACGCAGUGGCCUCCUUGGUUAGGAGCGGAGCCCAUCUAAACUCCUGCCUAUCUAUGGGUCAAGCACCCGGUAAUAGUGAGCUUAUAUUGGCAUGAGCUUAUAGAACUGCGAGAAAUAAAAAAAAAAAUAAGUAUAUAUUUUUCUUGCGGUGGAAGUUAUAAGUCAUAAGUUCCUUGUCGGAGAGACAACCAUAUCAUUACGACUGUCCUUGCCUAGGAUUAGAUGCACUGGUUUUGGGCCAACGAUGAUAUCAAUCGAAUUUCACAUACCCUCAUCUGAACUGGACGGAAAUGUUCUAAAUUACGGGUAUUUGGCACAGAUCUGAAUUUAAGGUUUGAUCUACAAAACCAUUCUCUCUAUAGGUUUAAUAUUAUGGUUUCGUGUCUGGUUGAAUAUUCUGAAUAUCCGGUAGAGAUUUCCUAUGAUCAUCUACUUCGAUGUGACACCAUUUCGUCUUUGAAUUGAUUUGCCAUCAGGGCUUUACGUCACAUUAGUUAUCAACGAUGCAAACCCUAUUCAAUAGUAUUACUAUAUAUUUAUGGCGAAGUCGACCCAAGGCUGUGUCCGCUUUCUUUCAGAAUUGAUCAACAUAAGAUGCAACAAGAGGGAAUAAAAUUCGCGAAAAAAAAGUAUGAAAUUCAUCCAAACUGUUUAAUAUUUCAAUUUCCCUACAUUAGUGCCUCCAAAAAGGAGCUUCUUUCAAUUUUUUUUUAUUUUUCAAAACAAUAAAUAAAAACACAAAAUUGGCCGAAGGUCGGACCCGCUCAAAAAAAAAAAAAAAAAAAAAAAGAGCAAAAGUGCCGCAAAGGCCGCUGCAAUUUUUUUAUCUGAAUUUAUGUUAAAUUUAUGGCAGAUAAAUCUCUACGGGAGCAAUGGAUGAAGAGGACGAUGUGAAAAUCCCAAAAUAAAGAUUUUUUGUCCUGGAAGAUUUUUUGAUCUUUUUCUAUAGGACCUACAAAUUUUCUACUAAUCACCCUGACACGAUUAUUAAAAAAAAAAAUAAUAAUAAAAAAUCGUGUCUUAUGAAAUUUAAAUUAAGAUUAACUAGCCAUUUGAAAUAAUAACCCAUGCCUAAUUGUGCUAAAACUACUUUGGCUUAAGCCUCGGCAGUUAACUUUCCUUUCUAACAGUAAAUGUUGAGGACCAUAUUAAAGAGUAAAUCUGUAGAUUUUUUGGGAUCUGCGAUCUUUUCUUAAAGAACAUCUGUAGGUCUCCAGAUCACCGCUUAGGCGAUAUGUUUGUAUUUUAAUAAAAUAUCUUUUCCCAUAGUGUCUUGGCAGAUUAAGAGGUUUUCUCUUAGAAGUUUUCAAGAUAUUUUUUUUUAUUGAAAACACAUACAUAUUCUACUUGAAGAUAUGUAGAUGUUCUCGAAAGAUUUAUGGUUUCAUAUUAUCUUCGCUCUUUUAUCUUCGGUAAAAAGAUAUACAGAUCUAUAUAUCUAUAGAUCUUCAAAGAGGACCUCUAUAUAUCUUCAACUAGAAUAUCUACAUAUUCUCUAUGGGAAGGUCCAAAAAACUUCCCAAGAAGAUCUAUUAAUUUGCCAAGGCACUCUAGUAUCUAGAUCUUUUAUUGGAAGACCCACCUAUUGCCUAAGCUGCGAUUUAAAGAUCUCUUACGGGGUAACAAACCAGCAAAUCUCAUUAUAUAAUUCUAUACAUCCUCUGAUGAUUUAAAACACGAGAAUUAUUUCAAAUUUCCCCGAUAUUCAGUUUUUGUUUUGUCGAUUUCAUCCACAUUUCCUCUUGUUUGAAGUUCGCAAUAGUUGCCGCUUUCUCUAGCCGAUAAUUGGCUAUACAGCUCAACGUUUUUGUAUAGCCUCUAUCCCGAUAUUUGAUAUUUUCAUGAUUUGUGUCACACUUUUCGCCGGUAUUUUUUCAAAUUUGAUGUUUGAAGUUAGUACUGCCUCCUAUCGCGAUAUCUCCCGACAUUUUUCAAAGCCUAUAUCUAGAAAUUUUAAACGGAAUUGUUUCAAAUUAGGGCUGGAGUUCCAAAUGGUGAGGUACCACUUGUUUUGACAUAAAAUAACCUACACAGGACAACAUCUUUGUAUAUCCCCUAUAUAAUGUUACCUUCUGAUAUUCGUUGUUUUGUCGAUUUAAUGCACAUUUUCCAACGGAAUUAUAUCAAAACUGGUUGUUGUAGCAGCUCAUACAGCUGUGCUCGUUCUGUUUCCAUUAUCUGACUCCAUUCAAUCUGGCUCUGCCUCUAAGUCCAGUCUCAAAAACGAUGCAACCUGUAUGGGUUGUGUCCAUAACGAGACUGGAGUUAGGUGAGUGGGCUUGGCUGGACAGCAAAAUAGGUGCGGCGUGUCAUGUGGGCCUGUGCCACAAGCUGGAUGUUCUGCACAUCGCUGUUAAUCCGGGCUCAGUAGGAAUUUAGGUGCAACCAUCCGGAUCGUAAUUGAGCCAAAACUACUCGGGUUGGUCGGAGCAGCUCUCGUUCCUCAGCUGCGACGGCAAGGGGAUGGUCUCCUAGUACAGUAAUCACUCUAUACCCUUUAAUGACUUCUGCGACCGCGUUCGAAUGAAUACUAUUCAGUCCCGCUUGAUAGGCCUAUUGAUCUAGAGGCUCUCCCUUAUACCUCUACACCUCUCUUUCUAGAUCAUAAAGGUAUUUCCUUACGUGCCUGGGCGGAGGUUGCCUAUCCACAAGAUGGUGAUUCGGAUGGCCUUGUCUUUAACACCCAAGCAGGUAUUGCAUUUGACAGCAAAACUGGUGUAUUUGUGUUGGCAAUAAGAACCGCCAUAUCUAGUCGAUAAUUGGCUCUACAGUUUCAGGUUUCAUAUAACUGUAUCAGCCGAUAUUCAGUAUUUUAAUUUAGCGACCUUGAAAUUUUACAAAUUUCUUCCUAAAUGUGGUUGGAAUUCUGACGAACUUAACAGUUUUUAGUCGUGUCGAUCCAAGAUUUGUAAAUCAAUGAUUUGCAUAUUUUCUCAAGUAAAUCUGUGGAUUUUUUCGAGAAGAACUGUAGAUGUUCUUAAAGAAAAUUAUUAUUUUUUUUUUUAUAAAAAAAAAUCAUUUCCCUGCUCUCAGACCCCAAAAUCAACGAAGUAUUGUCUUUUUCACUUCUUUAACAAGUCAAAAUUUGAAAAAAAGCUAACAAUUGUGUCUACAAUAAAAUUAAAGAUAUUAAAAUGUACUUGAAAUUUUCCAUCAGACCAUCAUUGAUGCAGUAGCUCAAAACCCCACAAUCCUCCUGGUAGUAAAUCCUCUCUCCCCUAAAAUAAAAUUUUCCACAAACGAUUUUGAAAACACACAUUUUCAAAAUGCAAUACUUAUAGGAAUGUCUAAAAAUAAAUCCUCCAUAUAUACAAACAAUAUACAAUAUAAUAAUACAAAUACCACAACAAAACCAAUAUAAAAUUAGCAAAAAAUAAUAAAAAAAAAAAACCGGAAAUUUUCAAACACACACAACUCAUGAGAUUCUUUUUGGCAAAGAAAAAGAUUUUAUUUAAAAAAUAAAAUAAAUUGAUAAGUGCAUAAAAAAAUAAUUAUUGUAAUCUUUAAACUCUAUACCUCAUGUAUUUUGCCAUGAGUUAAGCUCCUAGAGCCUAUCUUUUUACCACACACACACAAACACACUUACACACAUCUAAGCCAGAAUUUGUCUUAAUAUUUAAGUAGUAACAAAUGAAUAACAAUAACAAAAAAGAUAUUCGUUUAAGUUAAACCUCUUCUGUCUAUAAUUUUUUGUUUUCUAUACUCUAUGUGUUUUUUGUUUCCGUUUUUUAAUGAAAAUCUAGAUACUAAACUUAGAAUAACAAACGUUUUUGUUUUUGUGUUAAAUAUUUGCUAAGUGAAAUAUUUAUUUUUUAAAUAUUUCCUAUAACUCUAUUUAAGAAGAAAAAGAUAAAUUAUUUUGUUUUUAUUAUUAUUAUUAUUAUUGCCAAUAUUUAUAGUUUUUUGCCAGAAACAAUUCGUUAAGCCACAAAUGUUGUGCAACCGAAACAGAAAAUUAAAAAUAAACAAAAAAACAAUAAAAUAUAAUUCUUAAAUUAUCA